CAUAACCUGAGCCAAAGUCAGACCCUUGGCCAACUCAGCCACCCAGGCUCCCUGACAGUAGUUCCUUUUAAUGUUGCCAUGUUUUAGGUGAGGAGACUGCAGUUCAUUGAGAUGCACUGGCCCAAGACUGAUCCGCAGGCCCUUUAUGUCAUGGCCCCUCUCCAACACAGGCUGGAGAAUCACAUGGCGGGGGGGAGGGGAGGAGAGGACGGGGGAAGCUGAGGAAGGAAUUUUAGGAUCAGAAGGGAAACUGUACCAGAUGACUUUGAAGGACCCCUUCCUGAGAGUGACUGAUUUUUUUUCCUAAGGCAGAAUUCCUUUCACCUGUUCCAACAGGUCAGAGGCUGGGGUAACUAGGAGGAGGUAGACAGAACCAUAUUCCAACCCCAGGGUCCUGCCCCUGCCUUCUGUGGCUCCUUAGAGUCAGCCUUAGGAACCUCCGUCUUCCCCCACCCUUCAAAGAGCAGAAAAAGGAAAUGGCUGGACCUGACAGUGCAGAGCUGUGGCCACAGGGUGGCAGCAGUGCCUCACUGCAGAGGAGGGCUCCAGCAGCCCAGGUGAGGCAGGUCCUAAGCAGGGCUCUCGAGUGAAGACGGGGUCAGUCUACAAAGAUUUGAAGCAGUCACCCACUGUGUGGACUCUGAAACCUUUUAGCCCCCUGUAUCCCACUUUUCCGUCCCCAGGCAAAUCUCAGCAUAGCGAUUUCACUUUUAACCCUCGAAGAGGCAUGGAGGCGCAAGGCUGUGGAUAGGCUGGAUGACCCCGGCUGCAGCCAGUCUCUGGAGGGACCCGGCUUGGUCAUUCUGGCGAAUUCUCACCCUGGCUCUUAGCCCCUACCUCUGUCCCAGGACAUAAUGCCUAGCCCUUCUUGAGAAGACUUCCUCUAUGCUUUUAUUCUCUAAGUUAGGAACGAGAGGAGGUGAUCAGUUGAAGCUCUCCAACCUGUUGAGAAAUUAGGGGUUCGUGAAGGCCCCUCAGGGCCUGCCUCUGACAAAGCAUCUGCAAUUAAUGAUGCUUCUUGAACUCUGGAGACAGGAUUUAUGGAUCUAAUAAAGUCUCUAACUCCAGGCCUUGGGGCUGGGGGCCGGAGGCUGGGAGCAGGAAGUCCCGGGGGUGCCAUGGGAGGGGGUCCCAGGCGGCUCCUAAUGGAGCCAUGUGUUUGCAUUGCCUGUUCUAGAGCCCCUCGGGCUGCUGAGGGGAGGGGGCCGGGGCACAGCGGGUAUAAGAGGCGGAUAUAGCCGCAGGAAGGCACACGGCAGGAUGGAUUCCAGGCGGGCAGCAGUGCUGCUGCUGCUGCUGCUGCUACUGCCAGACUGGGGCUGUGCCCAAGGACCAGGUGGCCAAGACGAAGGACACCAAAUCUUUGUGGAGGAAGACAGCAGGCCCCGCCCGCUGCAGGAGGCCCAGACCCCUGGGUCAUUCCUGCGCUCCCUGCUCCAGGCCAUGCAGAGACCCGGCCGUAGCUCAGCCUUUCGGUUUCAGCCCCAGAGGUUUGGCAGAAACACCCGGGGCUCCUGGAGCAGCGAACAGUUGGGUCCCCGAGCUGGGGAGGGGCUCAGCUCCCCGUUCUGGAGCCUGGCUGCCCCUCAACGCUUUGGGAAGAAGUGACAUGUCAUCCCUUGAAAUAUUUGCAUGCAAGGCUCACAACUGAAAGUGCCAUGUCUCCCUUUCCCACCCACCCCCACCCCCAAAUAAAGCUGUCUGGCUUCUGAACCCA